AUGGAUAUCCCUAUUGAGUAUCAGUGGAAACCAUCCAAAUGCACUAGUUGUUUGGUUUUUGGUCCUUCGAAUAAGGAGUGCACUAGAAAACGGAAGGCUAGAUGGACACCCAAGAAAGUGAUUAAAGGAAAGGAUGAUGGGGAGCAGAAUUCUGAGAGAAUUGUUGAGUCUAUGAAAUUGGUUUGUAAUAGUGUCAACAAUAAUUUCAAGGUAGAUGAAAUUUUGUUGAUAGAGAGUGUUAUUGGGGAAAAGGGGAAAAGAACAGUGAGUGGUGCUGAUUUAAAGUCUACUGCUGCAAAGGACUCCUCAGGUGUUGAGCUAUCAGCACCGGAUAAGGGGACAAAUGUCAAGUGUUGCUUUGAGAAGAAGUCCAAAGUUACAAGUGCGGGUUUUAAGAAGUUAGAAGUGGUUGCAAAAGCAUCAGUUUCUCAUUCCUCUAAGUCUCUGGGGAAACAAGGAAAUGGAAAUGGCAAUUGUAAAAGGAGUUAUGAUGCAACAAUGCAAAAGGUGAAGUGCUCAGCUUCAGCUUCUGCAACAAAAUCUCCUGGAAAAGCUCCUUCCGAGCCAGCUGUAGUGCAGAAGGUAGAGAAAGAGUGUGAGGAUGAUAGUGAUGGGUUCUCAGAUAUAAAACCUGACAAGGAUACUCAUUACAUGGCUAUUGAAGAGAAAGCGAGCAAAAGAACUGAGAAAAAGCUCUUAAAGCUCCCAAUGGAAUGGAAAUCUUCCUAA